UUUGUUAUAUUAAGGUUUAAAAAAUAAAAAUAUGGAAAAGGAUGACCAACAAGGGGGUAUUCUUAGAUUUAAUGGAGUAAAUGAAAGUCCUAGUUUUUCUAAAAAGUAUGCUGCUACAGCUAAAUAUAAUAGAAAAACUCUAAGUAUGCGUUUAGAAUUAGAAGAAUGGAUGCAUGAUCAACUAAGGAAGUUAUACAAUUGCCAGAGUGAAGAUGAUGACUAUAAUGUAGAAGUUGAUGUUGAUGUUCUAUUAGCUGAAGAAAAAAGUGAAGUUAGAUUUAAAAUGCUCCAGGAGCUUUUACAUGGAGCAAAGGAAUCACCAGAGAGUUUUAUUGAUGAGUUGCUGAUACGAAUUAGGAAACUGGAAAAUGCUCCAUUGAAAAAAGGUGCAGAUGUAUAGAAAUUUAAGGAAUAUUGUGUACAUAUUUCUACCAUAUCUGAUUAAUUUUGUAUGUAUUCCUGUGUUAAUAUUUAUAAAUUUUUAAUAUAUAUUGUUUUAUUUCUUAAUCUUGUAAAAAAUAUGUAAAUUAUUUCAUAUUUUUAUAGCUAAAGCCUUUUAUAAAAUGGAUAUUCAUCUUUUUUUUUUCUUUUUUUUUUUCCUUUUUUAAAUAUAAAAAAAAAUGUUUCUUUUAUUUGUAAAAUAUUUUUUUUCUUUUUCAUUUCCAAUUAAGGAAAACUUUGUGAAAAUUAAUCAGAAAUUUUGUUUAUUUAAAAAAAAAAUUUUUUAUAUAAUUGUUUGUUUUAU